AUGGUACUCUUUGCUUCGCGGGCGCGUGUCGAGGUGCUGAUCGUGGCCGCAACGACGCUGAAGAUCUCCGCCACCUUGGCCUCUGCGCCAAACACAGGGGAGCUGUCGCUGGCGUGGGCGUUGUGCUUGUUGGUGGGACUGGCGACGUUUCAAGAAUUUCACGUGCAAGCCCUCAAGACAGCCACCUACUUUCCCAGACCCUCAGACUCCCAUGGUCUCGCCCAGGGGGCCGCCGCGCUGCCCUGGGUCUUUUCUUCUCUGAUGCUUGUCGACGGGAGCCGGAAUGGAUACAGCUCCUUUCCCCUCCGCUGCACCCUUGUGUCCUCCAGCCUUGUCUUGGCACUCCUCUUGCUGCUGCCCUCAGGCCAGGCUGGCACCCCAGAUCAAGGCCUUGCUUCGGAUGAAGCAGAUGCAACUGGAAAAGUGAAGAAACACAACGAUGGUGAAUGUAAUGCUGAUUCCAGUGACCGAUGCGCAAGAGUUUUCAAUGCAAAAGGAGGCUUGUUGCUAUCAAGGAUAGGCCUGUGCUGUGCCUACAUGGUGGUGGCUGGACUGGCCUUGACUUCGAAUUUGAGUGCCAAAUUGGAAUCCCAAAUUGAAAACACUGGGUUCUAUAGCCCAGCUGCAGAUGCAACGACAGAGCGCUUAGUGCAUUCUGGCUCUUCAGAUGUUGGGCGUUGGCCCCUCCCUCAGUCCCCAGGAUUGGCACCUGUCACAGUCCUUUUGGCCACAGCCCUGUUGGCUGGGAUCACGUUCCAUGCACUUCUGAAGAGGGCAAAGUUCUGUUUCACCAUUGGGGAAGCCAUAGUUGUGGGUGAGGCCUCUGCACUGCUAGUGUCAAAGUUUCUGGGCCUCAUUGACUGGAAUGCUUUGGCAUUAAGGGAUGUGUUUAGUAUUGAUUGCCUUGUCCGGAACUUGGACUUUUCGACACUGCAGGCGACCAGCAACUUUGUUGUGGUUCUCCUGACUGUAUCAAUAGCUAUCUUGGUCCCAGCGGCAGGCUGUUUGCGUUGCAUCUUUCGAACGCCAGAUGAAAUGCAGUUAGAAGGCAGCAUGUUGUUGCUGGUGUUGUGCUGGGUCCUGGUUGUCAUCCUCAGUGGUGUGGGAUGUGUGCUUGCGGGUGCCCCAGCCAUCUGUGUCUUGAAGUUCGCAUUCUUUUCAGGGAGCCACCGGCUCGUCAUGGGCUGGUGGGUUUUCGUGCUUGUAGGGGGACUGCUUGUAGCUGGAUUCCUUGGCCAACAGCAAACCACCCACAGGGUGAUCCUCCGCAAAUGGUUCCACAUCCUUGCCGUGGUGUUGUUCUUGCCUGCUGAGAUCUUGGCACCCAAACUGCUGCACAUAGCACUCGCUAUUGCCCUGGUCUUGCUGAUGCUGCUUGAGGCCAUACGGUUUGGAUGCGUUCCCAUCUUAGGGCCAGCAAUUCAUCAAUUCAUGGCUCAGUUCACAGACGUCAGGGACUGCGGACCCAUAAUAUGGACACAUGCAUCGCUAUUGAUUGGGAUGGCAGCACCACUGUGGAUGGCUCCCCUCGAUGUCAAUGCUGGCACAGAUGCUAGCGGCACAAUUCUGUCAAGCAGCAGUUUCUUGCCACUAUGUGCAUCUCUGUCUGGGAUUGUGUCGCUGGGAGUGGGUGAUGCUUUCGCAGCGAUUGUUGGUACAAGGUACGGUCGCAUGCCCCUCUGCUCUGGGACCAAGAAAACAGUGGAGGGCACCACCGCGGGCGUCCUGUCAAUGCUGGCAGUGUGGUGGGCUCUGGGUUGGGUCGCUGGGCGACCAGCAGGCGAACAACUGUCCCUCACCUUUGUCUCGCUGGCCACCGGUCUGUUUGAGGCCACGAGCACGCAACUUGACAACAUAUUCCUACCUCUGCAUUGCUUUGCUCUCUUGAACAUGUGCUCCAUCAGCUCGGGCGGUCCAGUGUAG